GGGAUGGUAGUGGAGGGCUGGUAUUUUUAGCACCAGUGACGCAACCGGAGAGACGCUCAACCAACAAGAGGAUAUUGUGUCCCAACUGUUGGGAGUCGUUCCGUGUGCGUAAAGAGACGCGAGGAGGGCACGAGGACAACGUAUUUGUUUAAGGCAAUCGCAACGUGAACAGAUAUUUAGCGCAGCCCCGUGAAAAGGGUUGUAUUUACUCACCUGUGCGUUGUGCUUAAACCCCUGCAGUGUUGCUCAAAGGCCAAGCAGUUGUUUGCGUGCAGUAUAAAUGUGUUGUAUUCGUCUAUUUGAAUAUUUAUGGGUACCGGAGGUCCCAAAUUGUUCUUGGAAUAGCAUAACUUUCGUAUGACUGGGAAGGCGGAGACAUGUGGAUCCAAUGAGUCCAAUCAUAUUCACGCGCGGUGCUGUUGUUCUCCAUAGGAGCCCUUUCACGUGAAUGAAACACCCCAAAAAAGGUGAAUUCGGUGUAUACAAUGAGCUGUGGUGACCUCAAGGAUGGUCGCAAGUGAAACAUAAAAACGAGAGACCUUGGGCAUUCAGAGGACGUAUGGCUUUCCUCGGUUAAAAGAAGUGUUCGCCAUCCAAUCGCUGAGAAAUACAAUCCAAACUUUUUGAUACCAAAUCAUAGCACACCACAUUGUUCUUCAAGGUCUUGCUUUCUUAAAAGUAGUAUUUGAGGGAUUUGUGACAUUUUUUAUCAAUUCUCAAUUGGUUAAAAAAAAAAAAAACGGUAGAUUUAGCACCAAAUCUGUGUAAUAAACACAAAAAAGAGGCAACAACUUAUGAGACACAGAGCCUGGUGAACUCCAUAUACUUCCAUCAUAAUGUUCUACGCCCUUUUACACUUUCACAAUGUAUUUGUUCGUUAAUUAAUUAGCAAUCUCCCCCGAAAGAUCCCCGACCAGCGAGGAAAGCCGGAAAACAAACACCGGGCGCGCACCGCUCCUUUCUCAAAUGGAUCUCAUUGUGAAAAGCUUUACCUGCUCGCCCGCCUGGUUUCUCAGGUAGACCCACUUCCUCUGUGCUCAGACAUUUCUCAGAUGUGUCCACCCACAUCUGAGACCUGCCAGUAAAAAGGAUUGGGCGUGCACCAAACAACAAAGCAAAUCUCAAGAUCGGACAAGCCCAUUCACAGCUGAUCGCCAAACACAAAUAUAGAGAGAAAAGAAACUGGGCGAUCUGCCUCUCAUUUUCACGUAGAAAUGGCAGAGCAAGGAUUUAACUUGGACCCAGAAACGCUCGGCUGCUCAAUCUGUCUGGAUCUACUGAAGGACCCGGUCAUUAUUCCCUGUGGACACAGAUACUGUAUGAGCUGUAUCAGACACGUCUGGGACGAGGAGGGUGAGAAGAAAAGCCACAGCUGUCCUCAGUGCGCACAGACCUUCCUAGCGAGGCCCGACCUGGUGAGAAACACCACGUUAGCGGAUUUAGUGGAGGAGCUGAAGGCGGCGGGACUCCAAGCCGAUCGCUCCUGUGCUGGACCCGGAGAUGUGGCCUGUGACGUGUGCACUGGGAGGAGGCGGAAAGCCCACAUGGCCUGUCAGACUUGUCAGGCUUCUUACUGUGAGCAACAUCUCCAGCCUCACCAAGACCCCCCGACACUUGAAAAGCACACGCUUGUCAGCCUCACCGAGAAGCGUCCGGAGAACGUUUCCUACCAAACCCGUGAGGAAUUUGCCCGCCAUCUCUGUCCCGUGGACGCGGUCUCGGCCGCGGCGGAGAGAACCGAGAGGCAGCGAGAGCUGGAGGCCAGUCGACUAACCAUCCAGCAGCGAAUCCAGAGCAGAGAGAAGGGCGUGAGGGUUCUUCAACUGGAGGCGGAGGCUCUCAACCGCUCUGCUGACAAAGCGGUGGAUGACAGUGAGGAGAUCUUUGCUGGGCUAAUCGGUACGAUUGAGAGGCAGAGACGCGAGGUGAAGAUGCAGAUCCGGUCUCGGCAGAAGACGGAAGUGAGCCGGGUCGCAGAGAUUCGGGACAAGCUGGAGGAGGAGAUCGCCGAUCUGAGAAGAAAAGACGGCGAGCUGCAGCAGCUUUCGCAAGCGCCGGACGACGACAACGACGACCCCCGUCUUCUCCACAGGAAGCCUUCCCUCACCCGCCUCGGUGGACCCAUGGACUUGCCGAGCUACACCCGUCCUCUUCGGUACGUGGAAGAUGUGACGGCGGCUGUGUCGGAGGUGAGAGAUAAACUUCACAGGGUUCUACACAAGGAAUGGCCAACGGUCUCACGGACGGCGACCGGAGCGGAUGCGCCAUCGACACCGCCGGAGCCCGCGACAAGAGCUGUUCAGCGAGGUUCAGUGAGGUCACGUGAGUACCACAGGUACUCACGUGACCUCACGCUGGACCCAAACACGGUGCACACACAUGUGCUGUUAUCCGAGGGAAACAGGAAGGCAACACUGGUGAAAAAGACUCAACUUUACCAUUGGCACCCGGACAGAUUUCUGGAAAGGUGGCAGGUCCUGAGCAAGGAGGGCCUGACUGGGCGUUGCUACUGGGAGGUGAAGAGAAGCGGAGUGGAAGUCUUAAUAGCAGUGGCCUAUAAGGAUAUCAGCAGGUCGGGGACCUUCGACACAUGUGUGUUUGGAAACAACAGCAAGUCUUGGGGAUUAGCCUCUUACAAAAACGGUUAUCAAUUCAAACACAGCAACAUCAGAACUCCCGUCUCAGGACCUCAGUCCUCCAGAUUAGGAGUGUACCUGGAUCACGGUGCAGGUAUUCUGUCCUUCUACAGCGUCUCUGAAACCAUGACUCUCCUCCACAGAGUCCAGACCACAUUCACUCAGCCUCUCCAUGUCGGAUUCUGGCUUCCAAAUACUAAAGGAGACACAGUUGAGUUGUGCUAAAGAGAUAGAGGUGACAGCAGAGGGCACAACCCUUCAAAACUACGGAUAACUACCCACUGGGGAGCUCCCCUCAAGAUCUACAUAUCUUCAAGAGGAUUUGUUGGGGGGGGGGGGGGGGGGGGGACUUCGCUGAGGGUCUUUUUAGAAGUGAAGACUGCCGGUGCUGCAUUGGCUCAUGCAUUUUACCAAUGACCGUACACUCACGCCACUCAUAGUUCCUCUUGUGCUGGGACAGUACCAACUCUAAAAUGCAAGGGGAAACGUCACAUGACACAAUAAAAUGGGGGGUUCUUACAACUUUUUAAUAUGUACUUAAUAUGGCAAUGUGAGUAGAAGGAUAUUUGUUCCAUGAUGUUUUAAUUUAUCAUUUGUGACAUUUGUUUUAAUUGGCUGAAACUUUAAAUGUAUGAAUGUAGUGUAAUGUAUGAUACUGUGUGCUUCAUUUGUUCACAUCUGUAUUUUUAUAUUCCAAUCUAGUUUAAUUUUUAGCUAUUAUUCUGCUAUGCAGUAUUCAGGGAGCCCACAUAAUUUCCAAUCAGACCAGGUCUUUGUGUUUAUUGUUAUGUUUAUGGUUUUAUGGGUGAUGGUGAGACAGGAAGACAGAAGAUAAAAAACCAAGAAACCAAAAAGGCUCGGAUUGAAACCCUAUUCUUCACAGACAUCAAAAUGCAAAUGACGUGGCCACUUAUGUGAUACUCUAUCCUUAUUCUCAUUGAGAUGGUGCCCCGUAAAUCACAGUCAAUUAGUCCCUCUAUUAGACGGUCGUCCGCCUCCACUCUGAUGCUGCUGAUGGUGACAAAUGAGUCCAUGAGUGAGUCACUGGUCCUUAAGCACUGCUACCUUUUUGUGUGUGUGUGUGUCUAUGGUAUGACCCAAACAGUGUCAAUUAAAUCUCACGGAUUCAUUGAAUAUUGUAAUAAAAUAGGUUUAAAGAAUCAAAAGAGUUUCAUUUAAGAGUUUCCUGUCAAAUGAAGACGUUUGACAUUUAUUAAUACCCGAUGAUUGGUGCUCGUACAAACGUAUACUUUGUCAUAUUAACAUCCCUCAUCAUAUUGACACUAUUAUGUACUUUCUCAGCGUUGCUGGUAAUGUACUAGCCCCCAGGACAAACUGUUCCCUAUCGCUCU